AUGAAAAGCAAGUGUGAGAGUGAGAGUGAGAGCAAAAGUAAGCCAAACUGGCUUGAACUUCCAAUAGAUUUGACAAAGAACAUACUCCAAAGACUUGAUACCAUUGAUAUUCUGACAAGUGCACGUAAUGUGUGUCCUCUAUGGUGGAACAUUUGCAAAGACCCUCUCAUGUGGCGCACCAUUCGCAUUUGUCACAUUUAUCAUAUUCCAUUGAUUGAUAUUUUAUGUUUUGAAACGCUUUAUCUUUCUGCUAGUGAUAUUUGUUGUUUUGAACCGCUUUGUCGUUCUGCCAUUGAUCUUAGUUGUGGUCAUCUCGAAGAUUUGGAUCUUGAGUUACUUGGCUGCGAUGAACUUCUUGAAUAUAUUGCUCCUAGGGCUAUUAACUUACAUCGAUUACGACUUUUUUACUGUCUUAAAGUUUCAAAUAAAUGUUUGAUCGAAUUUGUGACCAAGUUUUCACUAUUAGAGAAGCUUGUAAUUACAUUUAACGACAAAUUUCCUAAGGAGUCUUUUGAAGUUAUCAAUCGAUGUUGCCCACUUUUGAAAUCUCUAGAUUUUGUGAGGCCUACCCUAUUCUAUAUCAAUCGGGAUCAUUUGGUAUUUGCAAUUGCAAAGGCAAUGCCUGGACUGCACCAUCUUACUUUUGUUGGAAUUGUGAUUAACAAUGCUGCGUUGGUUACCAUUCUUGAUGGUUGUUCCAUGCUUCAAUCUCUUGAUUUGCAACUAUGCUUGUGUGAUGAUUUGAGUCAAAGUUUGGAAAAAAGAUGCCUUGAGCAAAUCAAAGACUUCAGAUUUCCUCUCAACCAUGUAUCUGACUUUUUUGAUGAGGAUAAUUUUUGUGAUUUAUUCAACGUAUCUUCUGUUUAA